AUGGCGAGAGGAUCCAUAAAUGGUAAGGUUAUAAAAGGUGCAGGUUCACACUCUGCUAGGCACGCACAGGCGUUGGGUGAUUGUGAAAUGCAGUACCUGUCCAUAGACAAAGGUUUAAGAGAUGAUAUCAAGUCAGUCAUCGGCAAGCUCUCUCCUACGACUCACAAAAUUCUGUGGGAGGGCACUAUACAACUGGAUAGUUGCCGAAAGGAAACAAUUGUUGCUUGCUUUGAAAGUGGAGAGAAAAUUCAAGAUAUUCAAUGGCCGAAAAGCAUAGUGGUCAAGGGAAGAGUUAAGUUGGAGGAUUUUGAGAAGUUCGUCAAAGAACUUCCUCCUUCUCGAAGCCGAAUAAUGAUGGUAAUUUCCCUUCACGAGAAGGUUGGGUCCUCAAAAGUAGGCUUAAAGGGAACUAAGGAGGCUGCAAAUAGCUUUGAACAGAGACAAAGGGUUGGUUUUGCAGAGAUUUGCGAGGGUUGUGGUCUUUAUGUAUGUCCAAGAAGUGAUCAUAUAAUAAAACUUCUAGAUGAAUAUGGUUUCUAUAAAUGCACAUCAACAACAGAGACCAACCAAGACUCGUUAAUUGGGUUCGUUGUAUGGAAUAAACCACCGCAAUCAUACACAAGCAAGGUCCACAACAGCGUUGAAAAAACAGAAGAAAUUCAAGGCACCAAUGUGGAAGCGCAAGAUUUUGCGGAUGAUCAAGAAUUAGGUCAUAUGCAUCCUCCUCAUGUGCCAGCAGAUCAAGUCUUGUUUCAUCAGCAUCAUCGUCAUGCACGAAGAGAUCAGGGCUUCAUUCCUCACCGCCCUCCCAAUUUUGCACCCCAGCCAUUCAUGUCAUAUCAUGGAAAUUUUCCGAACCAGCAACAUUUACGAUUCGGUGAUUAA